AUGUUGGAUAAGGAAACUGAGAAGGAAAUUUUUUCUCUUGUGGAGCAGUCUGUCGAAGAUGAAAAUUUUCGUAAAUACGCGAUAGAUUUAAGGUCAAUAUUGCACAAUGGUUCUGUCGAUUUCAUACGUCUAGUGAUAUACGGAAGGGACAACAACAAUUUCAUAAAAGAAAUGGACUUGAUCGUGAAGGUGAUUGAGACAAAAUCUGCUGUUAGGAUGGGGAUAAUAAGGUCGUUGAGACGAGCUUUCAGAAGAGAAAUAUUUAUAUACCAAAAGUUGUUUCCUAUGAUGGAGCAAUUUCAACGACAGAAAUAUGCAGAGUACCCAUUUGAACGUACACUAUUGGUCUGCUAUCGAACUAUUGAAACUGAAGAUGGUAAGCUAGCAAUAAUGUUCAAUGACCUGAAGAAGCUCCAUUUCACUCAUCUGAAUCCAAGAAAACCUAUGAGUAUAAACAAUAUGAAAUUUGUACUCACACAGUAUGCCAGAUUUCAUGCCGUUUGCUUUGCUUUAAGAGACCAAAGAAAUGGAUUAUUCGAGGAGGAACUACAGAAAUUCGAUCGUAUUGAUAAAGAUACGUUCACAGAGGAAACAAUUAUCAAUAUGAUUGAAAGUGGAAUAACCACAACCAUUAAGACUUUGACUGACACGAAUCAACUUGAGCUGAGGCAAAAAUUCGUUAACUUUACUGAAAGAGGCAUCAGUAGGAUUCUAGAGGAUGUUCUCUCGAAUAUUCCGGAAGAAUGGGUUAUUAUCCAUGGGGACGGUUGGAAUGAGAAUUUUGUUUUCCAACAUAAGGACGACAAGAAAGAGAUCCCAUCCGAACUGUGUAUUUUCAACUGGCAGUUUUCUACAAUUCAUUCGCCUGUCUUGGAUCUAGCCUUGUUUCUCUACUUCGUCAGCUCCAAAGAGGAACUACUUCAGUUUGAUGAACUCGUUAGAUUCUAUCACGAACACCUCUGUCUCGUUCUAUCAUCCCUUGGUAGCGAUCCCAAGCAACUCUUCCCGUUCUCUACUGUGAUAGACCAUUGGAAGAAGUUCAGCUCGUACGCAUUGCUGCUGGUGGCUACUGGCUUGCCUGGCAUAUGUGCCAGACAACCAGAAACAAUGUCGUUGUUGCCAGAUGAAGAUUUGUAUAAGGAACGGAUUUCGGCUGUGAUAGAACAUUAUUUCCGUACGAUAGAAGGGUAA